GCUUUAUUUUUAGUGUGUCUGCAAUGUUCAAACCAGGAUACAAAGAAAAUCUCAGUAAUAUUGUGUAAAAUGUUACCAUGGUUAUAAUUGACAAUAUAAUAAUUUCGCAGCCACACCCAGGAAUAUAUUAGUUUAUUCUCAUCGUAAUUGAUGAACCAUCGACCAUAUAAUUGAGAUCAACAAAAAUGGCACCACUCCUGCAGUACUAGUGAAAGCCAUAUCUUCUUACAACAUUUGUGUAUGGUACCUAUAGUGUAACGAUAUUUGCUAUGGAUUAUGUACACUCGUGUUCUUGUACCACUGGCGGCGAGAUUGAAGACAUGUUGCAGUGUGCUCCUUGUCCUCCACCGUUUUUGUCCUAUAUUCAACUGAAAAUGACAGCCAUAGGAAAGCUGUGCAAGAGGGAGGUCUGCAGUAUUGCUAGAAGAUGCAACAUGUCAGAAAGUUCAGAACUGACUACGGACUGCCCUGUACACGAUACCCAAGCCGAAGUAGGAUGUAAUUUAUUUUGUAUAAUCAUCAUUGCAUCUGUGUUAAGCGUUGCUCUUCUUAUUAGCAUAUUGAUAAUUGUAGUAUACAAAAGAAGGAGUGGUGAUAUUAAACAAGAUGCGAUCAAUGUCGUAUUUAACGAUACAGACAGUGAAACUAGCGGGAAAUCUAGUGACCGAGGAUCAUCUAACAUUCUUGAAGUUCACGCUGACUGUCACUAUGAAAAUGUUACUACAAAUGAAAAAGUUAAAAGUAGUCCAGACGUUAUUGAACAUUCACAGUCAACUAAAGAAAAUGAUGGAAAUUUUACAAGUUUUAAAGAUAAUGACCCAACCGAUUCACCAGUAAUUAAAAGCGGUUUGCGAAGUCGUUCAAAUGGAGAAAAGAAUGAUACUUGUAUUGUUGCAAAAUUAUAAAUGCGUGUAAUUAAUGUUUAGUUCCAUUAUGAA